AUGUUCUGCAUCGGUCUUGCUUAUGACCGAUGUAGAAAUGAGAACCUAAUUUUGCCCCUCUCGCUUUUCAGCAACGUAAACCCAGCCGCCUCCUCCCACUCCCAAUCCCUCUCCCCCAUCCACCAAACCCUAAACCUCAUGCUUUCCUCCAGCCUCGCCCCCGACGUCGCUACUGCCGACAUCGUCGUCCGCGCCCUCCGCCUCCCCAACACAACCAUCUCCUACGAGCCCUCCUCCACUGCACCCGCCACAAAGACCUCCGUAAAGGUCGAGCCUUGCAUGCUCUUAUCCGCAGAACCAGUUCCAUCUCCGCCACCUACCCUCGCGAACACGCUCUUAGCCUCUACGCCAAGUUCGGCCACAUCGCCAAAGCCACCCUCGUGUUCCACACCAUCACCCACAAAGACGCCGUCUCAUGGAACUCACUCAUCAACGCCUUCUCCCAGCAACAAUCCCACGCCACCUCUCUACACGCCGUGCGCCUCUUCCGCAGCAUGA